AUGACCUCGACAUCCACCGACUACAUCCAUACCAUGCGCCACCUCUUCACCUCCAUCCACACCGCCUACAAACACUCUUCCUCCGGCAGACUAUACAACUGCCACAACUGUAUCCGACUCCCUGGGAACCUGGUCAUCUGUAUCUCCUCGUGGAGCAGGACCAAGCACAACGUCUACCUCGGCGUAGCUUUCUGGAGCAAAAAGGAAACCCCUUUGGACCUGCUCGACUGGUAUAAAGAGUGGUACGACGAGCUGUCUCUCCUCUCCUCGGAUACUAGAUCACCGGACUCGGUCCUCCAACCAGAGGAAUACGGCUUGGAGAUCAUCACCAAGGUCGGCAGGCUUUCAAGGGGACAGUCGCAAGUGGUGUUCGACCUGGUCUGGAACCCUGAACCUUCCGAGGGGUGCAAGGAGGGUUGUAACGAGUACCAGGUAGUUCAGGAGGUUGGGACGGGAAGGAUGGUCUUUGCUGGUGUUCCGAUGGCGCCGCCGGUGUUCUGA